ACACCCGAAGCUUCUUCCUCCUCUCUCUCUCUCCGCCUUCGCGCGGGUCGUCGACGUCGCCGCCCCCGCCGCGCCAGAUCCCACCCCUCCCGAGCCACCGCGGGACUCUCCUCUCCCUCUCUGUGUCUCACCGAUGCGGGCGCCGGAGAUGCUCCGGUGGCUCGCCGCGGCGGCGGCGCUCGUGGCCCUGCUCGCCGCCUCGCCUGCCGCCGGGUUCUACCUGCCCGGCGUCGCGCCCACCGACUUUGCGAAGGGGGACUCACUUCCUGUGAAGGUGAAUAAGCUUACAUCAGUAAAAACUCAACUCCCCUAUGCGUAUUACUCCCUUCCUUUCUGCAAGCCAGAAAUCGUUGUUGACAGUGCUGAGAAUCUCGGUGAGGUUCUUCGUGGUGAUCGCAUUGAGAACUCUCCAUAUGUGUUUCAAAUGAGAGAGCCCAAGAUGUGCCAGAUUGUCUGCAAACCACCUGUUGGUGAGAAAGAAGCAAAGGAGCUGAAAGAAAAGAUAGAGGAUGAAUAUCGCGUGAACAUGAUUCUUGACAAUCUCCCACUAGUUGUUCCUGUUAUAAGGCAAGAUAGGAACAUUAUUGCUUACCAAGGUGGCUAUCAUAUUGGUGUCAAGGGCCAAUACGCCGGAAGCAAGGAAGAGAAGCACUUCAUUCACAACCAUUUGUCCUUUUUAGUGAAGUUCCACAAGGAUGAUGAUUCAGAACUCUCUAGAAUAGUGGGAUUCGAGGUCAAGCCAUACAGUGUUAAGCAUCAACUUGACGAUAAAUGGGAUGGAGUAAACACUCGCCUGAGCACUUGUGAUCCUCAUGCUAACAAGCUUGUAACAAGUUCAGAUUCUCCUCAGGAGGUCGUAGCUGGUCAAGAAAUCAUAUUCACCUAUGAUGUUCGCUUUGAGGAGAGUGACAUUAAGUGGGCUUCCCGUUGGGACACCUAUCUGUUGAUGACUGAUGAUCAGAUUCACUGGUUUUCUAUCGUCAACUCUCUCAUGAUCGUGCUUUUCCUGUCUGGUAUGGUUGCCAUGAUAAUGCUUCGCACUCUAUAUAGAGAUAUAUCUAGAUACAACCAACUUGAAACGCAAGAAGAAGCGCAAGAGGAAACUGGCUGGAAGCUUGUUCAUGGAGAUGUGUUCCGGCCCCCAACCAACUCUGAUUUACUUUGUGUUUAUGUUGGUACUGGUAUCCAAUUCUUUGGCAUGCUGCUGGUUACAAUGAUUUUUGCGGUUCUGGGUUUCCUUUCUCCAUCAAAUCGGGGAGGAUUGAUGACCGCGAUGCUUCUUGUCUGGGUCUUGAUGGGGUUGCUUGCUGGUUAUGCUUCUUCACGCCUCUACAAGAUGUUCAAGGGUUCAGAGUGGAAGAAAAUAACUAUGCGCACGGCCGUCUUGUUUCCAGGGAUUGCUUUUGUUAUUUUCUUCAUAUUGAAUGCUCUUAUUUGGGGGGAGAAGUCAUCUGGUGCUGUUCCUUUCACCACUAUGUCCGCCUUGGUCCUCCUUUGGUUUGGUAUCUCAGUGCCCCUUGUGUUUGUUGGGAGCUAUCUUGGGUUCAAGAAACCUGCUUUGGAGCAUCCAGUAAAAACCAACAAGAUUCCAAGGCAGAUCCCUGAGCAAGCUUGGUACAUGAAUCCAAUCUUCACUAUUCUAAUUGGUGGCAUUCUACCAUUUGGUGCUGUUUUCAUUGAGCUAUUCUUCAUCCUGACAUCAAUCUGGCUUCACCAAUUCUACUAUAUCUUUGGCUUCCUCUUCCUCGUAUUUGUUAUCCUCAUCAUCACCUGUGCCGAAAUUACAAUCGUGCUCUGCUAUUUCCAACUGUGCAGCGAGGACUACAUGUGGUGGUGGAGAUCUUACCUCACCUCAGGAUCCUCUGCACUUUAUCUCUUCUUAUAUGCUGCUUUCUACUUCUUCACGAAGCUGCAGAUUACUAAGCUGGUGUCUGGUAUCUUGUACUUUGGAUACAUGCUGCUUGCCUCGUUGGCUUUCUUCGUGCUCACUGGCACUAUUGGUUUCUGCGCUUGCUUCUGGUUCACGAGGUUGAUUUAUUCGUCUGUGAAGAUUGAUUAGUUGCAACACUACAGAACACAGCAUAUGUUUUUAAGCUUUGGAGUCAUGGGAAUCGUAUGUUUAAUAUGAAGUGGGGAUCAAUCCCCUGGUUUUUUCAGCUUUUCAGUAAAGUUACAUUUUAGGUUUUACCUUAUGAACAAUUUAUGCUUGUUAUUAUGGCUAAACGAUACAUCUUAGUAAUUUGGAGUACAAGAUUAAAGAGUAGAACACAUUGUGAUGAGUUGUUUUUUUCUUUUUGUGGACCGUGGUACAUGAAUUCAAUUGAUUACGAAUUGCCUGUACUCCAGUUAAUGGAAUGAGUAUGAUCUUGAUGUAACAAUUCAGUCGGUGUUAUAGAAUGAGAAUGAGAUGCCCUUUUUGCUU